AUGAAUGGCGGGUACAUAAACCCCAGUGAAGAGCUAUCAGCUGGAAGCGCGCAGAGAAACCAGCGCUGUCAUUGGCCACACAGAUGUGACGAAAUAGACUACAACAUCUCAACCAAUCCUAGAGCCGCGGAGGCGGGCUCCUGCCAGGAGAGGAGAAUUAGACUGUCUUUCCAUAAACUGUCCCUGCUGCAGCUCCGCACUUUGAAGGCAUUUGACUCUGCGAACACUGACGUCCUCCACCGCUCUUCUUGUGUGAGGUAA